AUGACCUCGGCACCGCCCCGGACACCCCCCUCCUCCGCAGGGAAGGGCUACUCCAUGCUCCCGCCCGUGCCCGCCCCGCUCCAGCGCCUCUUCGACCUCUUCCCGCUCCGGACCCUCCCCGCCAACGCCCUCCCCGCCGCCGCCAGUCUGUCCUUCUUCUCCUCCUGCUCCUCCCCCUCCCCCGACGAGGGCCCGGCCCUCUUCGUCUUCACCACCGACGACGCCGCCCGCCGCGGCGCGCCCAGCUUCAACCCCUCCUGCCUGAAGUGGCAGACCUACCUGCGCGCGCGCCGCGUCCCGCACCGCACCGUGCCCUCGACCAACCACGCCUCCCCCUCGGGCGCCCUGCCCUUCCUGCUCGUCGCCCCGGCGCCGGAGGCGGGCGCGGGUCCCAAGUCUUCUCCCUCCGCACAGCAGCAGCAGCAGCAGCAGCCAAAGUACAUCGCCGCCUCGGCCCUGCCAGCCUACAUCGCCAGCCACGCGCCCGCCGCGCCCACAACAGCAGCAGCAGCAGCAGCAGACCAGCCGGCCCAGGACCCCCGAGCCGCCCUGUACGCGGCCCUGCUCGAGACCGCCGUCCGGCCGGCCUACCUCCACGCGCUGUACAUCGUCACCGCCAACACCCCGCUCAUGCAGGACCUCUACGUCAACCCGUCCACCCGCUCCCGGCCCGUCCGCGCCUCCCUGUCCCGCCAGCUGCGCCGCGCCGCCGAGGCCGAGGUCCGCCGCGCCGUCGUCGCGGCGUCGGGCGGCCGCAGCCCCCUCGACGCCGAGGACCCGGCCAGGCUGCUGGCCGAGGCGCGCGCGGCCUUUGCCGCCCUGGCGGAGCUGUUGUCCGCCAACAGUCGCACCGCGAGCGAGGAGCAGCAGCAGGAGCAGCAACAGCAACAGCGAAAAGAAACAUUCUUCUUCGGCGGCGACGGCCAGGGCGGGCCGGGCCUGUUCGACGCCUCCGUCUUCGCCUACACGCACCUCCUCCUGGGCGGCGAGCUCGCCUGGGCCGACCGCUCGCUGGCGCAGGCGGCCGAGGAGUUCCCCGCGCUGGUGGAGCACAGGCGGCGGGUGUACGAGGCGUGCUGGGGGCGGUCCGCGUGA